GCGAUGGUAACGUGGAGAGGCGCUGGACCUAGCAUGUGGCCAGGACGGCGGGGAGCAGACGCACUGCAUAGAAAUGUGUUCUGAUCUGGCUUCCUUUCUGGCCCUCCAGACCAAGUUCAGUUUACUCCAUUGAAAACACGUCUACACCCUGAGCAAAGAUGGAACCAGGCAUUUGACCCAGCACAUGCUCUGGAGCAGAGUUGGCAUGUACUGCAUGCGGUGCAGGGGAACCACAUGGAGCAUGCACUGUAUGUGGUAGCUUUUGCACAGCCCAGUUCAGACGAGUCCCAGAUCCAAUGCACAGGUCUGAUCUGGUGGGAUACUGCUUGCAGCACACCUCCUGGACUUGGCCCCCCUGUGCCACAGGCAGCGCCUGUAUGUAGGACUGGGUUCAGCCUAUGUGCCAGACCAGCUCACGUGCUGCAUAUGGCACACAUGGUCAGUCCAAGACCUAUGUAUUGGAUCUGGCUUGCAGGCUGUACGUUUGGAACCUCUGGACUAGAUGUUCUGAUCUUAUAUGGCAGUUCCCAUGUUCUCGGACAACUUUACCUGUUAACCUUCAAAAUAUGUGGCCGAAUACAUCAAGCUAUGGUAACAUCUCUAAAUGAAGAUAAUGAGAGUGUAACUGUUGAAUGGAUUGAAAAUGGAGACACUAAAGGCAAAGAGAUUGACUUGGAGAGCAUAUUUUCACUUAAUCCAGAUCUUGCACCUGAUGAAGAUAUUGAACCCAGUCCAGAGACACCACCACCUCCUACUCCCUCAGCCAAAGUAAACAAAAUAGUGAAGAAUCGACGGACUGUGGCUCCUAUUAAAAAUGAAACCCCUGCCAGAGACAACAGAGUGGUUGGUUCUGCACGGGCACGUCCUACUCAACUUCCUGAACAGUCUUCCUCUACACAACAGAAUGGUAGUGUUUCAGAUAUAUCUCCAGUUCAAGCUGCAAAAAAGGAAUUUGGACCUCCUUCACGUAGAAAAUCUAAUUGUGUGAAAGAGGUUGAAAAAUUGCAAGAGAAGCGUGAAAAAAGGAGGUUACAGCAGCAGGAACUCAGAGAAAAAAGAGCUCAGGAUGUUGAUGCCUCAAAUCCAAAUUAUGAAAUUAUGUGUAUGAUAAGAGAUUUUAGGGGAAGUUUGGAUUAUAGACCACUGACAACUGCAGAUCCUAUUGAUGAACACAGAAUAUGCGUUUGUGUACGAAAACGGCCACUCAAUAAAAAAGAAACAGUAAUGAAAGACCUUGAUGUAAUAACAAUUCCUAGUAAAGAUGUUGUGAUGGUACAUGAACCGAAACAAAAGGUGGAUUUAACAAGGUACCUAGAAAACCAAACAUUUCGCUUUGACUAUGCCUUUGAUGACACAGCUCCUAAUGAAAUGGUUUACAGGUUUACAGCUCGACCAUUAGUGGAAACCAUAUUUGAAAGGGGCAUGGCCACAUGUUUUGCAUAUGGACAAACUGGCAGCGGAAAAACCCAUACUAUGGGUGGUGACUUUUCAGGAAAGAACCAAGAUUGUUCUAAAGGAAUUUAUGCACUUGCUGCUCGGGAUGUCUUUUUAAUGCUAAAGAAACCAAAUUAUAAGAAGUUAGAACUUCAAGUAUAUGCAACGUUUUUUGAGAUUUACAGUGGUAAGGUUUUUGACUUGUUGAACAGAAAGACCAAAUUAAGAGUGUUGGAGGAUGGUAAACAGCAAGUCCAGGUUGUGGGAUUGCAGGAACGGGAGGUCAAAUGUGUUGAAGAUGUUUUAAAGCUUAUUGAAAUAGGCAACAGCUGCAGAACAUCUGGUCAGACUUCUGCAAAUGCACAUUCAUCUCGGAGCCAUGCAGUAUUUCAGAUUAUUCUCAGAAGGAAAGGCAAACUACAUGGUAAAUUUUCUUUGAUUGACCUGGCUGGAAAUGAAAGAGGAGCAGAUACUUCAAGUGCAGAUAGGCAAACGCGACUGGAAGGUGCAGAAAUUAACAAGAGCCUUUUAGCGCUCAAGGAGUGCAUCAGAGCCUUAGGCCGAAACAAACCUCAUACUCCAUUCAGAGCAAGCAAACUUACUCAGGUGCUAAGAGAUUCAUUCAUAGGAGAAAAUUCCCGUACCUGUAUGAUUGCUACUAUUUCUCCAGGGAUGGCCUCAUGUGAAAACACUCUAAAUACACUGAGAUACGCAAAUAGAGUAAAGGAAUUAACAGUGGAUUCUAGUGCGGCAGGAGACAUUCGUCCAAUCAUACACCAUGCUCCAAAUCAGAUUGAUGAUCUAGAGACACAGUGGGGUGUAGGGAGCUCACCUCAGAGAGAUGAUCUCAAACUACUUUGUGAACAAAAUGAAGAGGAAGUUUCUCCGCAAUUGUUUACUUUCCAUGAAGCUGUGUCACAAAUGGUAGAAAUGGAAGAGCAAGUAGUAGAAGAUCACAGGGCUGUUUUCCAGGAAUCUAUAAGAUGGUUAGAAGAUGAAAAAGCCCUUCUAGAGAUGACUGAAGAAGUAGACUAUGAUGUGGAUUCCUAUGCUACACAACUUGAAGCAAUUCUAGAACAAAAAAUUGACAUUCUGACUGAACUCCGAGAUAAAGUGAAAUCUUUCCGGGCAGCUCUACAAGAGGAGGAACAGGCCAGUAAACAGAUCAAUCCGAAGAGACCGCGUGCCCUUUGAAACGGGCCUCUGCUGCUAAAGGCUCCCCUGAACCCUUACUGCUGUAGCAUACAGUUGUAAUGAAAUGGUGGCUGUAAGAACUCAACUACUUGAAAGUGUAAAAACUUUUGAAAUGUCUGUGGAAAUGUCCUGUUUCUUCUUCACCCCGAUGACAUUUUCAGUUUUGUGUGAAACACUCCUAUGAUGUCUACAAAAUGCUUCUAGACCAGACAGCACAACCAUGCAGGGUUCGGAUCUGUGAAGCGCUUUGUUUAAAAUAGUUCAUUUAUUCAAAUUGUGAAUCUUUGUUUUGGAAAUCUUUGCCAUUUUUUGAUAAUGAAGUAAAACUGUGGACUUGAAAAACUUCACAGUAUUUCCUUUUAAAUCUGUUCAGUUUUGUUACAAGGCCCAGCUGUGCAGUUCUGUUGUUUGCUUGCAUGCACAUCUCAUCAGUGAUUGUACAUAACUGCUCUUCUAGAGACAGCUGUGCUUACCUCUCCCCAUUCUGUGCCUUGAUGAAGGCUACUUGAUCCUAAACCUUCUCUUUCUGAAGCACAGCCUUAAUAAACAACAUUCCUUAUUUGUCAAUGUAAAUUGCUUUUAGUGUGUGUACAUUUUUAAUGUAUUUCUGGUGACUAGUUCAUUUCACAGGAUGUGCCAUAUCAUUGAACAGGAACUAAAAGAGCUGUGAGAGUGGACAGACAGCUGGACAUUCCAUCAUUCCAUUCUCCUUAUUUAAAAAAAGAAAAAAAAAAGGAAAGAAAGAAAAAGAAAAAAAAAAUCUGGACGCUGGAAUCAUUUGACUCCCAUACCGAGUGGUUAUAUAACUAUCAAUUUCUUUGUAAAGAAAAAACCUAUAAAUUAGUUGAUGUAUAAUAAAAAGUAACAUUUAAGUAUCGAGGAGAGUUGUAUCUUAGGGAAAUAUGGAUAUACAGUAUGUGUACUUUUGUGAUAAUGCUGUCAGAAUAAAGGUGCAAUCUGGUCCCUAUGGGUAGGACGAGUGUAAAGUGCAGGGAUCCAAGUAAUGGCAUACACGAGUACCUUUUCACAUACUGUUAGAAAAUUGGCUUCUGAUGCAUGAUAAUGUCCAUGUACAUUAACUGUAGUUUGCAGGUAGUGUUGAGUAGUACUAUUGCUUUAAAAAAAGUAGCUAAUACCUAUUUUUCCCUUUGUACAGUGCCAGCAGCUGAAAAGUGGGUGGAUUUGCAUCAUUUGAGGAUUUGCACAAUACCUCUACUUAGUGAUAUAGAAAUCUCACCAGUACCUGAAAUCUCACAAAUGGCGCCAUGUGUAUCAGUUCUUUUUUAAGUAGUGACAUUUGAGUUUUUUUUGCAAGUCAAUAUCUAAAAGAAAAAUUGCCCUUUUCUGUAAGAACUUUGUCAGAUGAAGACUUGUAGACCUCUCUAGGAGUUCUCCCUGUUUCCAGGACAGAUUCCAGGAGUUCGUAUCAGCCGGCUGUCCCUUAGAACUGCUUAAAACUUUUUUGGAACACAAGCCCAUUUGUGCAGAGGCUGAAGGGAAAUAAAGGGAAGGCAAUGAAAAGAGAGCUAAAUGAGCCAGAGAUUAUCUUAGUGUUUUGAUGUCUGUGUCUCCCAUAGGAAGGUGUAGACUAUGGGAAGCUCUUGUUGCAUCAUGGUAAAAAGCUCCUAUGUGUAAACAUGAAAGCUGAAACAGCAAUGUAGAUUUUACACAAUGUUUAAUAAAUUAAACUCUGAAACAUAAAUUAGAGAUGAGAAUUUACUUCUAUGCAAGGCACAUCUGCUUUGUAAACGCAUCUGAAUUUUACCAUCUAAAAAUGUAUUUUAAAAGGCAUGUGGUGCUAGAACAUGUGUGCGCGUUCAUGCCAAUGACUGUUCUGUGCAGGCUUGUAUCAUAUGAAACCAUUCCCAAGCAUUUCACUGACUUCACUUCGGAAACGGCUAUGUUGAAGUAUCUUUCAUGGCGUUCGUGUAAAAAUGCCAUCCAUCAAUAAGAGACAAAUUUGAUAAAACCAGUUGCUCUAUUGAUAUAUUUUUUUUGCGCCAUUUAGCCCCGUACUAUCCACAAGUCAAAAGUGCUUGCUGUUAGUUAAAAUGAUUGGACAGUAAGGCUUAAAUGUAGCUCUGCUUUAAAGGGAACAAUAUAUCAUGUGGAAGAUUUGUGCUUUAGGCAUCAAGAAAGCAAGGAUCCCGGGUUGAUUUAACAAAUCAACUUCCAAGUUUGUCCUGUAAAAUGAGUCUAAUCAAACAUGCCUCUGUAAAAUGCUCUAAAAACCUCUGAUGCAUUGUGUGCAAUGCAUUAUCAGCUUCCAAAGCAUUUUGGUACGAGUAAUGAUAACACUGUUUACAGAGCUCAGUUUUCACGAGCACCUGUACAAAUAGUUUAAAUGUGAAAGUGAUAAAUCUGUAUGCCCAGACCUGGAAAGGACACUGAUAUGCUGGAUUAUAAAUUUACCCAGACUUUUACAGUUUCCCAAUAACAGAUCUAUUUUCCUGUUUUCAGCGUCAUCAGGAUUGUUUAUACAGGUAAUUCUCAACUGGGUGUUUUGUAUCUCCUGAUGCUUGUCACAUCCCCUGACCUUUUACUGACAUCACAUAUGAGUUUGUAUUGGUGCAGAAGCAUUAUUAUUAUUGGGUUUUUUGGUAAGAGAAAGCUCUACUUACUAAAAAGGAAGGAGCAUAAUUUUAUGAGCAUGACUUGCUGUCAUAGAUUCAUAGACGAUCUAUUGAGGUCCCUUCUGACCCUAACUUCGAGUCCGACCCCCUGCAUAGGCA